AUGCAGACUCUUGUGGAAGGCCAAACGUUACUUCACAAUGGUCGCUAUCGCUUCCUUCGACGUAUCGGCAGUGGCACUUUUGCUGUGAUUAUGCGUGCUUUGGACGUCCAGCAGCAGCGUCACGUAGCGAUCAAGUGUGUACGUGAACAUGAACUUAACGCAUUGGGCAAGCGAGAAGCUGCAAUAUUAAAGACAAUUAACAAUCAAGACAUGGACAAAGCUUGUGCUGUCGUGCGAUUGCUCAAGACGUUUGAAGAACAAGGUCACUUUUGUCUUGUGUUGGAGCUAUUAGGACCUCCUGUACUUGAUGUAGGACGUUGGGGACCAUGGCGACAGGCACCACCUGGUAAAGGUCGUGUCCCUAUUCAAACGCUACAGCUAUUUAAACGCAAGCGGAGACGUUCCUUGCUGUCGAACGCAAGUAUUCAGUCAUUGAAUGGACAGCAGCAGGACCACGAGACAGACGUGGUACGGGAUGAUGUAGCAGUGUUGACACCACCUAUGUCCUUGGUGGAUGUACGGUGUAUGGCGGUGCAUCUUUGUGGUGCAUUAGCUUUUCUGCAUGACCAAGGACUUAUUCACGCAGACGUUAAGCCGGAAAAUGUAGUGCGUUCAAGCGCCGAAGCCCCACUGGGAUCAUUAGUGUCCCUCUCACCAUGCUCGUCACCAGUAAAGUUGGUGGACUUUGGAAAUUGCUUAAACUUGACUGAGCUGGUGGCAUAUAUUGACGAGCGCCCGCGUGAAGGCUAUGAUGUGCAGACUGUCACAUACCGCGCACCCGAAGUGGCUGCAGGUCUGUUGCUAUGCUCCGCCAUGGAUAUGUGGUCGUUGGGCUGCCUGCUACUGGAGUGCGUGUCUGGUAGACCAUUAUUUACACUGCCUCCGCUGGAUGCGCCAGUGCAGGAGCGUACUGAUAUUGCAAACUAUGAGAACAGCGAUCUGUUGAAGCAGAUUGAGUGCGUGGUGACGAACGGAGUUUCACUGGAUACAAUGUGUGCCCCGUACCAGUCUGUUGCACGCUAUGAGGAGAGAUCUGCAGUUGACAAUAAGAGUGCUGGCUUUCAUAGGAAGCCGAAGCUAUUGACGCCAUUGCAGGUACGGUUAGAAGCUGCGGCUCCGGAGCAUCACCAGUUUCAUGAUUUUAUCUACAGUCUAUUGGACGUGAACCCCGCCACAAGAGUUACAGCAAAGCAGGCACUUUACCACCCCUUUCUGCAAGCCUAUUUUCCGUUUGGAACUGUGUUUGCUCAGUCAAAUGCUGGCCAAUGUGACGGAGAGCUUGGGACUAUUGCUGAUAUUCCCUCUGCAGCCGUGGCAGAUAAGAAGCGUAAGGUGCGGCAAACCCCGUUACAUGGGGAACAGGCCCAAGGGCUUUCUGAUCGAGUGCGAAAGAGAAUGUCAACUGAGAGAGCGGCAUUGGCUCGCACCAAGGACUUGCGUCAGGUGCUGAAAAUUAUACCGCGUGACAUAGCUGGUCGUUUUCCACUCUCGCCACGCUGA